GACCGGAGAACAUGGCGGCCGCGGCUCCGGCGGAGAGGGCCUGAGGGGCGGAGGGGGAGGCCGGCCGGCGGGAGCGCCCCGGGGAGCGACGCCGGACGCCCGCUCGCCCGCUCGGCGGCGCGCCGCCCCGCGCCGGACGGGGCCUAGGAUCCAGAUAAAACUUGGCUGAGUGGUGCUGGGGAUGCAGUUCUACGUAGGCCCUGCCAUGCUGCGUGGGGGGAGAGCAUGUGCCUCAGUGUUCUAGGACGAAAGCACCACCAUGGCUACAGAAAUUGGUUCUCCUCCUCGUUUUUUCCAUAUGCCAAGGUUCCAGCAUCAGGCACCUCGACAACUGUUUUAUAAGCGACCUGAUUUUGCGCAGCAGCAAGCAAUGCAGCAGCUUACUUUUGAUGGAAAACGAAUGAGAAAAGCCGUAAACCGGAAAACCAUAGACUAUAAUCCAUCCGUAAUUAAGUAUUUGGAGAAUAGAAUAUGGCAAAGAGACCAGAGAGAUAUGCGGGCAAUUCAGCCUGAUGCAGGUUAUUAUAAUGAUUUGGUCCCACCUAUAGGAAUGCUGAAUAAUCCUAUGAAUGCAGUAACAACAAAAUUUGUUCGGACAUCAACAAAUAAAGUAAAGUGUCCAGUAUUUGUUGUUAGGUGGACUCCAGAAGGAAGACGGUUGGUCACUGGAGCUUCUAGUGGAGAGUUCACCUUGUGGAAUGGACUCACUUUCAAUUUUGAAACAAUAUUGCAGGCUCAUGAUAGCCCUGUGAGGGCCAUGACUUGGUCACACAAUGACAUGUGGAUGUUGACGGCAGAUCACGGAGGAUAUGUGAAAUACUGGCAGUCGAACAUGAACAACGUCAAGAUGUUCCAGGCACAUAAGGAGGCGAUUAGAGAGGCCAGUUUCUCACCCACGGAUAAUAAAUUUGCUACAUGCUCUGAUGACGGCACUGUUAGAAUCUGGGACUUUCUUCGUUGCCAUGAGGAAAGAAUUCUCCGAGGGCAUGGUGCUGAUGUGAAGUGUGUAGACUGGCAUCCAACCAAAGGGUUAGUGGUCUCAGGAAGCAAAGAUAGUCAACAGCCAAUCAAGUUCUGGGACCCCAAGACUGGGCAGAGUCUCGCGACACUUCAUGCCCAUAAAAACACAGUCAUGGAAGUGAAAUUAAAUCUCAAUGGCAAUUGGCUGCUCACCGCCUCACGUGACCAUCUCUGUAAACUUUUUGACAUCCGAAACCUGAAAGAGGAGCUGCAAGUCUUCAGAGGCCAUAAGAAGGAAGCCACAGCCGUGGCCUGGCAUCCUGUUCAUGAAGGUCUUUUUGCCAGUGGAGGGUCUGAUGGCUCUUUGUUAUUCUGGCACGUUGGGGUAGAGAAGGAAGUAGGUGGAAUGGAAAUGGCCCAUGAAGGAAUGAUCUGGAGUCUGGCUUGGCACCCUCUUGGACAUAUUCUCUGCUCAGGUUCAAAUGACCAUACCAGCAAAUUCUGGACCCGAAAUCGACCAGGUGACAAAAUGCGGGAUCGAUAUAACCUAAAUCUAUUACCUGGAAUGUCUGAGGAUGGAGUAGAAUAUGAUGAUCUUGAACCUAACAGCUUGGCAGUAAUUCCAGGGAUGGGAAUACCAGAACAACUAAAGUUAGCUAUGGAGCAAGAACAGAUGGGGAAAGAUGAAUCAAAUGAAAUUGAAAUGACGAUUCCGGGCUUAGAUUGGGGAAUGGAGGAGGUGAUGCAAAAGGAUCAGAAAAAAGUACCCCAGAAAAAGGUUCCCUACGCAAAGCCUAUUCCUGCUCAGUUCCAGCAGGCUUGGAUGCAAAACAAAGUUCCAAUUCCUGCCCCAAACGAGGUGCUAAAUGACAGAAAAGAGGACAUUAAAUUGGAGGAGAAGAAAAAAACACAAGCAGAAAUUGAGCAAGAAAUGGCCACUUUGCAGUAUACUAAUCCACAGCUGCUGGAGCAACUGAAGAUCGAGAGACUCGCCCAGAAGCAAGCGGAGCAGAUCCAGCCGCCGCCGUCCGCGGGGACCCCUCUCCUCGGCCCCCAGCCCUUCCCGGGGCCGGGCCCCAUGACUCCCCUGCCGCAGGGCUUCCAGCAGCCCCACCCGGCUCAGCAGAUGUCCAUGAACAUGGCCCAGAUGGGGCCUCCAGGGCCGCAGGGACAGUUCCGACCUCCUGGACCCCAAGGACAAAUGGGCCCACAAGGCCCUCCACUGCACCAGGGAGGUGGGGGGCCACAGGGAUAUAUGGGACCACAGGGGCCCCAGGGCCCACCCCAGGGAAUGCCGAGGCCGCAGGACAUGCACGGACCCCAAGGCAUGCAGAGGCACCCUGGCCCCCAUGGCCCUCUGGGACCGCAGGGCCCUCCGGGUCCGCAGGGAGGCUCUGGGCCUCAAGGUCAUAUGGGUCCCCAGGGACCACCUGGGCCACAAGGUCACAUCGGCCCCCAAGGCCCACCAGGCCCCCAGGGUCACCUGGGUCCACAGGGGCCGCCCGGUGGCCAAGGUAUGCAGGGCCCCCCUGGCCCCCGAGGAAUGCAGGGGCCGCCCCACCCCCAUGGGAUCCAGGGCGGGCCAGGCGCGCAGGGGAUCCAGGGCCCCGUGUCUCAGGGACCACUCAUGGGACUGAACCCCCGAGCCAUGCAGGGUCCUCCAGGCCCCCGCGAGAACCAGGGCCCUGCCCCGCAGGGCAUGAUGCUGGGCCACCCGCCGCAGGAGCUGAGAGGCCCGCACCCUCCGAGCGGCCUGCUGGGGCAUGGCCCCCAGGAGAUGCGGGGCAUGCAGGGCCCCCCGCCCCAGGGAGCCAUCCUAGGCCCGCCUCAGGAGCUGCGCGGCCCACCGGGGGUCCAAGGCCAGCAGGGACCACCCCAGGGCUCCCUGGGACCUCCACCUCAGGGCGGCAUGCCGGGCCCCCCGGGGCCUCAAGGACAGCAGAACCCCGCCAGAGGGCCACACCCGCCACAAGGGCCCAUGCCGUUCCCGCAGCAGAAGACGGCCCUGCUUGGUGACGGGCCGCGGGCCCCCUUCAGUCAGGAAGGACAGAACACAGGCCCCCCACCCUUGAUACCGGGACUGGGGCAGCAGGGAUCACAAGGGCGCAUCCCCCCUCUUAACCCCGGACAAGGACCUGGCCCGAACAAAGGUGACUCCCGUGGCCCCCCAAACCACCACAUGGGUCCUCUGUCAGAGCGGAGGCAUGAGCAGAGCGGCGGCCCGGAGCACGGUCCUGAGAGGGGCCCUUUCCGGGGCGGCCAGGACUGCAGGGGUGCCCCUGAUAGGCGCGGCCCUCACCCCGACUUCCCCGACGACUUCAGCAGACCAGAUGACUUCCACCCCGACAAGCGCUUUGGCCACCGCUUACGUGAAUUUGAGGGCCGAGGAGGACCUUUACCCCAAGAAGAGAAGUGGAGGCGUGGGGGCCCCGGGCCUCCGUUUCCCCCCGAUCACAGGGAGUUCAGCGAGGGGGAUGGCCGGGGUGCAGCCCGGGGGCCCCCAGGAGCAUGGGAAGGCCGCAGACCUGGAGAUGAACGAUUCCCCCGGGACCCUGAGGACCCACGCUUUCGGGGGCGCAGAGAAGAAAGCUUCAGAAGGGGAGCCCCCCCGCGACAUGAAGGCCGUGCUCCCCCCAGAGGAAGGGACAGUUUUCCUGGUCCUGAGGACUUUGGUCCAGAGGAGAAUUUUGAUGCUUCUGACGAAGCGGCUCGGGGGAGAGACCUGAGAGGCCGAGGUCGGGGUACCCCGCGCGGAGGAAGGAAGGGCCUCCUGCCCACACCUGAUGAGUUCCCUCGCUUCGAAGGUGGCCGGAAGCUAGACUCCUGGGAUGGAAACAGAGAGCCAGGGCCUGGCCACGAACAUUUCCGCGACGCUCCUCGUCCCGACCAUGCCCCCCAUGAUGGCCAUUCCCCAGCUAGCAGAGAGCGCUCGUCUUCUCUCCAAGGCAUGGACAUGGCCUCUCUGCCUCCUCGAAAGCGUCCCUGGCACGAUGGGCUAGGGACCUCUGAGCACAGAGAAAUGGAGGCCCCAGGGGGGCCGGCAGAGGAUCGAGGUGGCAAAGGCCGAGGGGGCCCUGGACCUUCACAGAGAGUGCCAAAGUCGGGGCGUUCCAGCUCCUUGGAUGGAGACCACCAUGACGGCUACCACAGAGAUGAACCUUUUGGGGGCCCUCCAGGCAGUGGCACUCCUUCGAGAGGGGGCCGGAGUGGCAGCAAUUGGGGGCGAGGGAGUAACAUGAACUCUGGCCCACCCAGGCGAGGGACCUCGAGGGGUGGCGGGAGGGGUCGGUAGGAGUCGGACGAGUCGCCCUCGGCCUCUGCGGACAGUAUUUAAGAACUUCCUGUGGACUUGCUAAAGCGACGGAGGAAGCUGCCCCAUGUAGCCUGCGCUCUUUUGGGGCCCUGGAACCCGAGCCCCACGAGACGAAGAGCCUGCUGCUGGCUGCCCCGAGCAGCUGGCCUUGUCCUGUCCUGUCCAUCCUCACUGCCCUAACUCCCUCAUCGUUUUGUGAAGAUACAUACAAGCUGGAAUCUUUUUUUUUUUUUUCUUUUUGUAAGUGUCACAGACUUGGAGCCCCUCCACAAAUUUAAGUUCAUGUCCUAUUGGGAAUUUGUUUCUAUAUGUACAGUUUGUCAGAGGAAAAAAAAAAAACUUUUUUUUUGUAUGAA